AGCAAAGAGCAUACUUAUAUCAAAGUUGGAAAUGGCCAGGUUGGAUGUCAUAGAGACAUUUCAUGGUAUUUUGUUUCCUGGACACCUGCACACCCAGGAUUCCUUACAACUUGCUCUCAAAUUUCCCUUUCAGGACACGGAUAUCGUCAUCGUCUCCUAUCCAAAGUCAGGCACCACAUGGAUGCAGGAAAUUGUGUCUCUCAUAUCCAGCAGAGGGGACCCACAAGUGUCCCAAACUUUCCCAAACUGGACUCGGGCUCCCUGGCUGGAGCACCAUUAUUUUGCUGCGGUACUGGAGGCCUCACCCACCACACCUCGAGUCAUCACCUCACACCUGCCUCAUCAGCUGCUCGGGCCCACCCUCCAGGGCUCCAAAGCAAAGGUCAUCUAUGUGAGCAGAAACCCUAAAGAUGUGGCAGUGUCCUUCUAUCACUUCCACAAAAUGGCCAACUUCCUUCCUGAAGCUGGCUCAUUUCCAGAGUUUUUAAAUCGAUUCCUGGAGGGCACACUGCACUAUGGCUCCUGGUUUGACCACAUUAAAGGCUGGACCAGUCAGACAGCAACUAUGAACAAUCUGCUUCACAUCACCUAUGAAGAGAUGUCGUUGGACCUACAUGGCGUCAUAAAGAGGGUGAGCUCUCACCUACACAGUCCCCUGCUGGAGGACGAGAUCAACAACUGUGUGAAACACUGCUGCUUCAGCAGCAUGAAAGACAACAAGAUGGCCAACUACACCCUGGUCACUGCGGACAUAAUGGACCAUAGCAAGGGCUCCUUCAUGAGAAAAGGUAAAAUUGGAGACUGGAAAAACAUGUUCACAGAGGAGCUGAAUCAAUAUUUCAAAAGCAUCUUCCAGUCCAAGAUGGAGGACUGCGCUUUAGAGUUUGUGUGGGAGGAGCAACAUAAAGAGGAGACGCACACUAAUGAAAAAAGCUAAAUAAGUACAGCUGAAGAGACAAGGAAGGGAGGGUUAAAAUCACAUCAAACUGAGCCGAUGCAGGGGGGACACAGCGAAUGCUCUACUAGGUGAGCUACCUGGGCACCCCAAGCUCACUCCAACUUUAUAGAGGAACUCCACCCAUUUCACACAACUGCAUAUGUAAAAAAAAAAGUUGUAUAAAAGCUUUUGUGGCUCCAGAGGGAGCUGUGUGAAAUCUGAUAAAUGAACAACUGAACUGUUGGUUGUCAAGUUGCAUUUUGGGUAAUGUAGGUGCCCGGCUUUGAGAAGGAAGAAGAAUGUGUGAAAUAAAAAUGACAUAUCUCUGGUUCUGCUGCAUCAAUUUUGAUCUGUUUAAAAACUGUCCAUUGUUAAUCCAUCAAUAGGAGUGCAAUGAUAGAUUGCUGGAGUACUCUUUUAUCCAUUGGAGCAAGUGUUGGGCCAAGUCACUCAAAUUCUGAAAUAAUUUUCUUAUGUACCUUUUGUGGUUUCUCGCCAUGCAGAUUGUCCAGGUUUUAAGACAUUCGUCUCUAAGAUUUAUGCUGCCACCCAAUAAUUACAGUGGAAACAUGAUUAGUCCACAUGCAAAAUGUUGACAGUGUUCUGAGAGAGAUUAAAGUAAACAUGCUGAUAUUAACCUAUUUUAUACAGUCUAUGAUUUUUUUACAGUUAGAUUAUUUUUCAUAAUCUAACUGGGGGCUGCCUGAUAGAUAAUAAAAUAAUUAAAAUUAAUCUAACAUGCUUUUCUCUGAGAAUGUUGUGGUGUAGUUUUUUUUAACGAUGCUUGAAGUGCAUCCAAAAUUCAGACAUUUUUUUGUCUCUAUUCAAAACAAGGCUACAGUUGUUGUUGUUGUUGUUUUAAAAACAUGUAUAAUACCUUUUUAUCUCCUAGCACACAGGGUUGAUUCAGCUGCGUGCAGAUGAUUUGAAUAAUCUAGUUUAAGCAGCAGCUAUAGACUGGUUUAUUUGUUUGCUUUCAAUGCCACAUAAGUGUGCUGCUGAUACUUACCGAGCUUAUUUAGAAUUUCACGGUUGCGUGUCUGUAUGUACUUCCUGCAUUUGUGAAUUGACUUUUGUGUGUCAUGUGUGUGUACUUUUGAUGUCAGAAGGCCUAAUUGGAUAGAAACGACAUUCAAACUCAAGCUUAUGCAACAACCUAGAUGAAUAUUGUAUCUUGUCUUUUCCAAACAUGGUAUGAAAGCCUGUUUCAUGAAAUAAUCAUUACUCAAGUCCUGCCUUAAGAUUUGUAUUUUGUGUUUGUUUGUAAAUUAGAUUCAGCUGCUCCGAAAUCCCACUGUAGGUAAAGAAAACUGUGUGAAGACUGACUUUGUCUGUGAAAUAAAUGUAUCUCAUAGAAAAUUUCAA